AUGGCAGAUCAGGACAUAACCAUAAAGCAUGAGGAUCAUGAUAUUGCAGCAAUAUCUCAAGAGCCUAAUGCAACACCAGAAUUCAUCAACAAGAAAGAACAGAUCUCACCAAUAGUGCAAACAACGUCCAACGGAGCACAAAGCCCAGAGCAUUUGCAUAUCAAGGAGGAGCCAGACACAGUAGACAAACCAUGUCAAGGCACAACUGACCAAAGUUUGGGACCAGGCGAUCUGGGAAACAACGAUGAGGUUGCCACCUGUCUCGACACAGUGAAGCAGGAACCUUCUGAGCAUGAUGCGGCAACAAGUGGCUGUGUCGCCGCCGAGCUUAACCCUGGCAUGUGCCAAGAGGCAAUAGGCUUGUCGAACAUCGAGAAAAGAUUGCGGAAAAGACCUGACAAGCGACAAAACUACGAUGCAAAUGAUGAUGGUGAGCGAGAACAAGACAGCGAUAGCGACAGUAACAGCGACAGCGAAUUCGAGUGCUCAGAUGAUGCAAGCAAACAUGCAACACGAGAGUCUGGCGAUACUUCUAAUGGGAAGCACAAAAUUAGGCGAAGGCCCGCGGCCAGAACUGCUCGUGAAUACAUCCCCAGACUCUACCAGAGGGAGGAUAAAGCUUGGGCAAAGCAGGAGCACAGCCAAAAGAAACGCAAAGCAGAUGCUAUGAAUAUUGGACCGACCAAGAGGUCCAAAAUGGCCGAUGCUGGUGCUCUAUCAGAGAUACUCAACUCACUUGAACAUGACUCUACCGGCGCAAUUGACAACGCUCAACAAUUUUGCCCCAUGAUGCCGGAUAUAAGUGCAGAUACUCAUCAAAAGCAGUUUGAGCUGCUUAGUCGCAGCAUUCCGGCUGGGGCAGACACUCGCCGAACGAAAACCCAACGCCGUGACCUCAAGGAAGCAGCCAAGAUAUUCGGAUACAAAAGAGUGAAGGCUUUGGACGGCAAAUGGCUCCUAGAGGGGAUGGAAACCCCCCUGUACAGUUAUCAGCUAACUGCGGCGGCUUGGAUGAUGAAGAGAGAAUUUCCAAGAGCCGGGCCAUGUGGAGGUCUAAUUGCCGAUGACAUGGGGUUGGGUAAGACUAUAACGAGCCUUGCUUGUGUGGCAGGCAACCCUCCAGAAUCCGAUGACUUGAAGACUUAUAUCCAAGGUACACUGGUAAUCGUACCAAACAUGGAAAUUGCAGAGCAAUGGGAGUCAGAAGUCAAGAAACAUUGUGACGAGCUUUUCAAAAAGUCUGUACUUGUGUACCAGUCAAAGAGCAAGAUCCCGGCUCACGUAUAUGAAGCCCAAAGGAUAGUGAUUGCUACAACAAGAGAAGUUUUGGCGUACUUUCGAAGGGUGCAAAAAGAAAACACCACCACAGAGGAAAUACUGGGAAACAACUGGUAUAGAAUCAUCCUGGACGAAGCCCACAGUAUCAAAAACUUGAAGAGUCUCACCAAGCAGAACAUAUGCGAGCUCAAAGCCAAAUACCGUUGGGCUCUGUCAGGAACACCACUCUCAAAUUCAGUCACGGAAAUUAUACCAUAUCUUAGGUUUAUAGGGUUCGAUAUGCAUGAGCGGAAAAACAAGUUUCGCCAGGAAUACAUGCACGAGAACAAGGCAAACGAAAAAUUAGAGACGAUUAUUUCGAUGGUUAUGUACCGAAGGACCAAACAUGACACAUUUCUUGGUCACACAAUGAUUGAUGUUCCACCUAGCCAGACGCAUGACAUUUGGGUUCCUCUUACUGAUGAAGAAGAGGCUAUCUAUGCAUUUGUACAAGACUUUUGUGUCCAAGAAGACAAAAAGAAGGCGGACAAGAUGACGCCAGAAAAUAAAUGGAGCAAAGACGCAGACAACAAAAAGAUAAGACGACGGAACAUGUAUAUGAGGGGACUCAUUUCUCACCCUUAUAAUAUUGAGAGACUGCUGCAGACGAUGGACGAACCAUGUCAGCUCCAGGAGCUGCGCGAUAAGAUACAACAAUGCAACGAUUCGAAGCCUGUCCUUGAUCAAAUCUUGGCCAACUCGGACGCGCGACAGACUCUAGAGAAAUAUAAAUCUGGCCUUGAUCGAAUGCGUGGCUUUUCAAACAACGCCUUUGGAGGACGUUUCAUGUUUGAUGGGCAUCUUGAAGCUAUUCAGCAAGAACUAAUAGCCAAAAAUACCCAAUGUGUUGAAUGCAGUGCCUCCAAUCCAGAGAAACCAUUUAAGCUAUACGAAUGCCACCACAUGUCAUGUUGCGACUGUUUGGGACGUAUGACGCAACGCCAACUAUCUGGGCAAUCGUCCCGAGCCGUUCGCACGGCAUGCCCUGUCAAUGGAUGCAAUGCGCUGUUUUCCAGUGUUUCGCGCCUGCGAACACUUUCGGUUAUUGCUGCUGAGGCGCUACGAGACAAAUCGUACUCCCCUCUUGACAUUGAUAAUAAUGGCGUAGUUUUGAGACGAGACCAUGAUCAAAUUGGAUGCUUUGUUGCUAGCUGUGCUCCUUCAGGAGAGUUUCCAAUGCUGCCGAAUGCCCGACUGACGGCGGCCAUGACGGUCCUGCUCAGCUGGCUGACCGACUAUCCAGAAGAUAAAGUUAUAGUAUUCACUCAGAAUGUGACAACUGCUAAAGUUCUUGGAUGCAUGCUCAAUCACGCAAAGAUCGGAUUUGUAUAUUACUACGGAUGUAUGGGCACAACCAAGAAGACCAUGGCCUUGGACACGUUCAAGAGUGAGGGGAAUACGAAAGUCUUCCUUGCAGGACUGAAAUGCGGCGGACAAUCCCUCAACAUUGUUUGCGCCAACCGAGUCAUCAUCAUCGACCCCUGGUGGAAUGUGACAUCAGAGCUCCAGGCAGCGGGACGAACAAACCGAAUAGGACAGAAGAAGAACUGCUGGGUUGUCCGCAUUUUUACUACCGCAGCGACGGACAACCGAAUUGUGGAACUGCAAGAGUUGAAGAGCGAAGAAAUUGACCACGCCUUGCAGGACGACGGGCAUAUACCUUAA